CAUCUAUCAGAUCUUGAUUCCCUUCCCUAAAAAAAAAAUCUUGAUUCCCAGCGUCCAGAUCCAGCCGGCUCUCCCGUCCGUGCAUUGAGAAGUCAAAGGAAGACUCCCAGCAUGCUCCACCAGACACAGCUCGACCUUGUCCCCAAGAAGGCCGACUGACAGUCUUGUAUAGUAGAGAGGGACGAAACCAAGAAUAGUCUCUUCCUAGCUCCUGCGCGCAUCGGCCAUGGUUCAAGGCUUCAAUCUAGAUCUGUCGGAACUGAAUGGUGAUCAUCGUGUUGCAUCCAUUAUAUAGCUGGAGUGUCGAUCGGAUUGCGAGAGAGUUAUGGGGGCGGUGGCCGCUUCCGAGCAGAGGGCGAAGAAAACGAUGAAGGAAGCAUUAGAGGAGAUAGAGCCGCUCCCCUGGAGGAUGUCCGAACUGCUGCAGUACCAUAGCGGGCGGCGCCUCAGUGCUGCCGAUGACCGAAUAUUACAGAUUUUCCGGCUCGUUGUGGUCGAGCUGAGAGACAUCGCAGCAUCACUGGACCAGCUUCUGCCACUGCUGGAUCUCAGACCGUACCAUGUCGAGAACUAUGAGCUGUGGCUGCUCAAGUUGAGGAAUCUUGCUCGAUAUAUCGGGAACCACCUCGAUAAGUACGAGCGUUUCAUCACAAGAAAAGAACAGGAAACGUAUGUGCGAACUGCCUGCUUCCGUUGUGAUUCAGAGUUCCGGUUACCGCAUCCGGAUGUAACGCGACUCAUCGAGGAAGAGCUUUCCUGGAUCAACGGACAACCUUACAGGUACGAGCAUCUUAUGUUGGCCGGAGAUGACGAUAGUAUCCCCUUAAGUGGGAUGCCGCAGCUGCAACCCUACGCGACGGAGGCCGGGACCGUUGCACGCGGGGACCUUCUUGUUGGCAUCGAGAGCACCAGAAAGAAGCUGCUCAGGUGGUUCACGCCCGCCCAGGAAGACAACAUGGCUCUCAGUAUCGUGUCCAUGGUUGGACCCGCUGGGGUGGGGAAAACGGCUCUUGCCAAUGAGCUCUACCGACACCUCCAACAAAUCGGAGGUGAUGGACCCUACUUCGAGUGCUACGCUUUGGCCAAUGUGUCCCCGAGGCCUUGCAUCAAGGUGCUUCUGAGACACAUUCUCUGCCAGAUCGACAAACAAGCAGCUAUAGCACCAGCGUCGAUAUCCACGGGGACAUCCGAAAUCACCAUGUCAGAAGACGGCGAGGACCAGGAUGAGCAGGAGCUGGUUCGCAACAUUGAUCAGUACCUUCAAGACCGCAGGUACCUCAUCGUAAUUGACGAUCUUUGGAAAGAAUCCGAUUGGGAUAUCAUCAGCAGUGCUUUGCCACGUAAUAACAGAGGAAGUCGGAUAAUAGUAACUACACGAAUCAGGAGCGUGGCUUGGUACACAUGUUGUUCCAAUGGUCUGAUGCAUGAGGUUAAGCCUCUUAACGAGCUAGAUUCACAAAUGCUUCUGUUGCAAAGUGUUUUCGGCUCCAAGAACUAUUUGUGGCCAGACAAUUUGAAGCAAUCUCGUGAUGAAAUUUUGAGACGCUGUCAAGGUAUACCAUUCUUCAUAUCUGGUAUGGCUGACUGGUUGAGAGAACAAGAGGUCCAGAAAUUCUAUAGCAACGGUAGCCUGGACUGCCUGGUAGAAGAAGUUCCCCAAUUUCCCAGACUGCUCAAGCAAUUCGAACAAACAUUGUAUCCUACUUAUGAUGAUCUUCCAUACUGGUCGAAAGUAUUGCUGCUAUACAUGAGCAUGUUUCCUGAGGGUUAUAUGUUUAACAAGGAUAGUCUCAUUCGGAAAUGGAUCGCCAAAGGGCUGAGUGGUUCGUAUGAAGAAGCAGAGGCGUGUUUCUCCAUGCUUAUCGACAGGAACGUCGUCACGCGAGCAAUAAACAUUUGGGAGCCCACCACUCAAGUGGAGGAAAAUUGCCGUUGGCAAGUAAAUUAUUUCAUGCUGCAGUUCCUGGCUUACAGAUUGGAUGACAAGGGCUUUGCUUGUGCCAGCGGCAUGCGCUGCGCUUCUCCAGAAGCAAUGGGAAACAAGAAACUGCGGUGGUUGUCUGUAAACCAGCCUGACCGGGAGCUCGAAAUGCUUCUGAGUAGAAGAAGCAACCUUUCUCACUUCCACAACGCUCGUUCGUUAUCUAUAUCUGGUGCGGUGGACGACCUACUAUUCCCUCUUGAUAAGUUUAUCUAUCUGGUGGUGUUGGACCUUGAAGGUUGGCAGUGCUUCAAGGACGAAGACAUGUUGUUGAUAUGCAGCAGCAGGAUGCUCCUUCUCCGUUAUCUGAGCGUGAAGAAUACAAGAGUCCGCAAGCUCCCUGCCAAGAUCAAGGAGCUGCGCAGUUUGGAAACGUUGGACAUGAGCCACACAGAGGUCAGUGAGCUCCCAUCAGAAGCGUGCGAGCUGUCACGGUUGGAGAUGCUGGACCUAAGGAGCACGCCAGUCAGGCAGCUGCCGGAACAAAUCCGGAAGAUGCGGUCGAUGAGGCAUCUGCUCAUUGGCGAUUAUGGAGAUGGCCGCAACGGUGGAACGACAAUUCCCGAUGGGAUUGGGUGUCUCUUGGAUCUUCGUACUCUAGCAACCGUUCAUCUAAGCGUAUGCUCCGCAAGACUCGUAGAGGCGCUUGGUGGAAUGGAGAAACUAACAGAGUUGGCCAUAACAUGGUCUUUUCACCAGUGCUCCAACAGAAGAUACCAAGAAGCUCUGCACUGUUCCUUCCAAAAAUGGCGGGGGCUCAAGUCUCUGUCGAUCCAUGGCGGACAAGGUUCUUGCGUUGAGUUCCUAGAUUCUCUGCCUGAUCAAGGUCGGUCCAAUGAUCUUGAGAAAUUCAAGGUGACGGGUGGUGGAAGGUUCGUCAGGCUUCCACAAUGGUUCCAGGGGCUCGAUUGCCUUGCUUUUGUGGAGAUCACGGUUUUGAGGCUAGUGACAGAAGAUCUGAGUAUCCUAACGAACUUGCCGAGCUUGGAGCACCUUUCGCUCGGUCUGGACUUCCUCCCAGAGGAAGCAAUAGUGAUUGGCAGGGCUGGGUUCCGCAAGCUUGAGAGGUUGUGCAUUGGCUGCCGAUUCCCAUGGCUCACUUUCAGCCAAGGUGCCAUGCAGAGGUUAAGAUAUCUCGAGAUGAAGAUUGGCGGACACCCAGUGAGUCGAUCAGGCAGCGUUCUUGCGGGUAUCAACAACCUCUGCUCCGUGUCGGAGGUGUCCAUCCAUUACAACGUACGCUACAGCAACAACCGUGGUGUCAUCUUGACGAUUGAGACGGUGAGGAAGGAAGUAGCUGAGCAUCUGAACCCGAUCAGCGUAUUUGUCAACGGCAUACAAGAUCAAGAUGAGAAUUUUGAGGCAGUUGCAGGGAUCAGUGGCGAUGGGGGUGUUGAAGGGUUGCAUUAGGUCUCUACAUUUGCCGGCAUGGCCUGGUCAUUACCAGAAAUGACAGGUGUUUAACCGUGAAGUUUCCUCUUCUGUGAGUAUAGACCGGUGGCUCUGGUGCUUCAGUGGAAAGCCCUCCUACCAGCAAAGCGACGGGAAGCGGUCUCUAAGAUCUAAUUCAUCUUGCUGGUUGACCGAGCGGUUCGGAGUGGUGAGAUUGAUGUUCUUCGCUGUGGACUGUACGAGUCAUUUACCUGGAGCUUUUGUAAUGGCGCAGUCCCGCCUCUUCUAUGUUUUUGCUGUUACGAUGGUACAAAGGCCUAGGUCAGCUCUUCGUAUUCAGAAAAUAUCCUUCUAGUUAUCCGUUGCUUAUGUACACAAGCAGGUCAAUGCCCUGGCAAGGACAUCCUUUCUGUUUCUAGCAUGAUUUCCUUCACGCUUCUUUCUGUAAAAGAAAGAAAAUAACUCCAUGCCCGUCCGUAGCCAGAUUUCGUGGCAGUACUUGGUUGGCUUUCCAUAAACAGCUGGGAUGUAAGA